CUGCCUAGUCUCCGGUGAGCGCCGGAAGAGGCGCAAAGUGGAGGGAGGGGAAAAGAUGGCGGACAGCGUGAAGGGGCGGCCCGCGGCGGCGGGGCCGGGCGGGAAGGUGCUGACGGCGGAGCAGGUGGUGGCUCGGUUCAACCGGUUACGGCAGGAGCAGCGCGGCCUGGCUUCCAAGGCGGCGGAGCUGGAGUUGGAGCUCAACGAACACGGCCUGGUGAUUGAGACGCUGCGCGAGGUGGAUCCCACACGGAAGUGUUACCGCAUGGUGGGGGGCAUCCUGGUAGAGCGCACUGUCAAGGAAGUGCUGCCCGCACUGGAGGGCAACCGCGAGCAGAUCAGCAAAAUCAUCGAGACGUUGAGCCAGCAGCUGCAGAGCAAGGGCCGCGAACUGAACGAGUUCCGCGAGAAGCACAACAUCCGCCUGGUGGGCGAGGAUGACCCCCGGCAGCCCCCCAAGGAUGGCACCGAGGGGGGCAAGGGCAGCGCCGCCGGCGUCCUCGUGUCCUAGCCUUGUUGUCCCCUGCUGUCACCUGUCCUCCCUCCCCUUGUUUAGUGGUUUUGUUAAAUAGAUGUGGGGAUUUUGGGUCACAA